CCCCAUGUUAUUGGCGACGUGCUUUUAUUUUGAAAAGUGGAGCUAGUUGGCUAAUCAGCGAGUCCUUCACGGCGGCUGCAACUGAGGUCAGGCGCCCGUCCCGGUGCACCGUUGGCGGCUUUUGUCGUGGACGAGCCUUCUUCACAUGAGCCGCUCCAGCCGAGCCAGAGCCUGUGGGGUAGAGUGGAGUCAUGGAUAGAGCGGCGCAAUGACACACCAGAGCCUCGCCUAUUCCCAGCUGUCGGCCAAGGCCGCCGCCCUGCGCGUGAUCCACCUGCCGCUGUCCGUGUGUGGUUCUUUGGCACAGCUGCAGGUAAGCCCAGGCACCAAGAAGGUGGUUGCGGCGGCUGCCUUCGGCGCCGUCUCGCUACUCUUCCUGGCCCGCCACUUUCAGAGGAGGCGGGGUCGAAAGAAGACUGCGCCGCCGCCAUGGGAGCAGGCCGCCAUCCAGCUCUUCUCUUCAGCUGCCGCCGCCGCCACAAUGGAGGAUGAUAACACCAGUCAGCAGAUCACGCUCUCCCUUAAGUCCAAGUCUGGCUUCUCCGCAGCGGUCCUCUCCGCUCAGGCCCACAGGGAACGUUCUGGGUCCGUGCGCAGCCUGGCGUCGUUGCAAAGCAUAGACUCGUCCAGCAGUGGAACCUGUGCCAUGGAGCCCAGCUGCUGGGACCGACUGGGCAGCGCCGACCUUUGCAGCGUGGUCACCACACCCGAAAACCUCUACCUUAUGGGUAUGGACUUAUUCGAGGAAGCUCUGCGGCGCUGGGAGGAGGCCUUGACGUUCAGGAGCAAGCAGGGGGACGACGACCUGAGCCGAGUGUCCGUCAAGACGGGGGCAGAAGAAGCAAUCGCCGAGCAGAACGUGGAAGGUCAGGAUGUCAUCAGCGCAGAGUUCAUCUACAGACUGAAGUUUCUGCUGCAGAGGGCUUACCGCCUCCAGGGGGAGUUUGAGGGCGUGUUGGGCAUGUCUGAGCCUUCAUCCGACGCCCAGAGCCAGGACGGUCUGGCCCAAGACGAGCAGGACGACGUGUGUCUGAAGGACAGCAUCAGCAUCGCCUCCACUGACUCCUUCGUGUCCGCCGCUGAGCUGUCCGAGCACCGAGAGCUGCGCUACAUGCUGACUAAUAACCCCUUCUACGAGGAGGCCUUGCAGAUGGCGGAGGAGGGCAAGAUCUCCUGCAGGGUGCUGAGGACAGAGAUUCUGGAGUGCUUGGGUGACGUGGACUUCCUGGCCAAGUUGCACUGUGUGCGGCAGGCCUGUCAGCUCAUUCUGCGUGAAAAGACCACCAGGUUGUUCCUGGCAGACACCGGCAAGAAGAUUCUGUCCUCCAUCAUCGUCAAAGCACAGAAGAGCCCAGAUAGAUUUGAGCAAGUGUUUGAGGAGAUGAUGAUAUUCUUGGAGCAGACGGAGCAUUGGGAGAACACAGCGGUGGAGCUGGCCACACGUGGGGUGAAACACUUAAACUUCUACGACAUCGUGCUGGACUUCAUCCUCAUGGACUCCUUUGAGGACCUGGAAAACCCGCCCAUCUCCAUCCAGAACGUCAUCAACAACCGCUGGCUCAACAGCUCCUUCAAGGAGACGGCUGUGGCAUCCAGCUGCUGGUCUGUCCUGAAGCAGAAGAGACAGCACAUGAAGGUUGCAGAUGGCUUCAUCGCCCGCUUCUACACCUUGUGUGAGCAGAUCAGUCCAGUCCUGGCCUGGGGCUUCCUGGGACCAAAAACUCCCCUGCAUGACUUCUGCUGUUUCUUCAAGGACCAGGUGCUGCACUUCCUCAAAGACAUAUUCGAUUUGGACAAAGUGCGCUACUCAUCAGUGGAAAGUCUGGCUGAGGACAUGUUGCACCUGCUACACAGACGCUCUGAACUGCUACUAUCUUUCUUGGGUGCAGAAUCCCUGCGAGCUGCGGGCACUCACAGUGUUGCCACACUGCAGCUGAUGCCCGGCGCCCCCAUGGAGGCUUGUGUUCAGUGACACGGCACUGAAACUUUGAAGACUCACAUUGUCCAAGUCAUUGCGAUAUCACAUGUUAUCAGCAGUGUAAUGGUCUCAUGCCACUACCUACGUCAAAGCAGUAUUUGUCGGUAUUGUGGUUUUCCCCUGAAUGUGUCCAACAGUAUUUAUACUAUAGCUUACAGUUAAACCAAAAGUUUACAGAACAAGCUAAUGACUACGUGACGUCAUUUAUAUCCCAUUAAUAAUACAAUGAUACAAAUCCUGACUUUACCACUAGGAAAAAGUGUUGAGUAAAUUUAUUUUUUUAAACAGUUCUGCGAUUUUGUGCUCAGAAUUACACUGACGCAAGUGCAACUACCAAGUGCGUUUGUUUUACCUAAUUUGUCUGCAAGUUGCUUCUUAAGAGAAUAUUGAGGGGCAAAAAAAGAAACCAUGGAUUUUAAUCAUGAAAUCCUCGUUACUGAGAAUUAAUGAACAAGUUAAAUGUUGCAAUGUAUGCACAUCAGUUUGUAGAACAUUAAAUGUUUUUCCAUCCACAUUCAAGUUUGAAAUGAAAUAAAAAAUGAUCUAAUGAGCCA